AUGAUAAGAGGAAAAACCAAGUAUGAAAAAAGAAAGGCAGAGGUCCUUGAACCAUGGAGAAUGGUCUCAAUCUCAUUCCCUCCUGUAAGGGCAGUCUCUUCUGACCCAGUGGUAAUACAGGCUAGGGUGGCAAACUUUGAGGUUAGAAAGGUAUAUUUAGAUAAUGGAAGUUCCUCCGACAUAAUAUAUGACCAUUGUUUUCAAAAGUUACCUCAGAGAGUUAGAGAUCUUAAGCGUCCAUCAAGGACUCAGCUUGUCAGUUUCAUGGGGGAGUCUAACAGGCCGGUAGGAGAAGUUUUAAUGGAGGUUAUGAUGGGAGAAUACCCGUUUCACCGAAUUGAACUCAUUGAGUUCAUGAUAAUAAGAGCCCCCUCUGAUUAUAAUGUCAUACUGGGCAGACCUUCCAUGCAAAAGUUUGGGGCAAUUCCAUCAACAGUUCAUGGAAUGGUGAAGUUCCCAACUCCAGCUAGCUAG